CAGGUGGUGGAGGAGGAGGAAAUGGGAAAGAAAGCCAGAAAGGGGAAGAGGAUGGAAGUUUCCAACAUUGACCAGGCUUUUUUGACGGGACGAUUCCACCAUUUGUCGCUUUUGUCAUCCCCACAAAAAUUAAAAGACCUCUGUGUCUCUCUAUCUUUCCCUUAUCUUUCCCUCUUCCUCAUGCUACCUACUUUGUGUUUUUCCAUUCAUUAACGGCCCGCCAUUAGUCAUCACCACUCACAGGACUAUUUAUUCCUACCCAACAGUAGCCCACCAGCAUUCAAUUCUAACUGUUAAGCUUCUCCCAGCUCCCUCGGACCCCCCCAAAAAAAAAAAAAAAAAACAGCAUCAGCAACAAGAAUAAUAAUAGAAGCAGCUGCUGAACUUUUCCUCCUGAUUUUCUCUCUAAAUUUUGGGGUCCAAUAAUAGAGCUGGGAGAGAGAGUCAUCGAAAAACAUGAGUUCCUAUCUACGCCAGAAAUUCCGAUUUUCUUCUAUCUGGUCGUCGUCUUCAUCAUCAUCGGAAGAGGAAAAAGAGACUGAGACUGAGAGGGAGGAACUGGCACCUCUAGAGCAUCAGGUGCAAGAAGAAGAAAAAGAUCAGCAAGAUACCUCCAAACUGGACGAGAUCGAGAGGACUAAAAUCAAGGUCAUGAGAGACCUGGUCCAAAGGCAGGAUCCCUCUUCCAAGGACGUGGAUGACUUUAUGAUCAGGAGAUUUCUCAGAGCCCGUGAUCUCGACAUUGACAAGGCCUCAGCUUUAUUUCUCAAGUACUUGAGCUGGAGAAAAGAAUUUGUUCCAAAUGGCUCCAUAUCUCCAUCAGAAAUUCCAAAUGAGCUUGCUCAUGAGAAAUUGUUCAUGCAAGGACAUGAUAAGUUGGGGCGUCCCAUUGUGGUGGUCUUUGGUGGACGUCAUAAACCCAAGAACCUUGAAGAGUUCAAACGUUUUGUUACUUUCAGCCUUGACAAAAUAUGUGCUAGAAUGCCAAGUGGACAGGAGAAGUUUGUUUGCAUUGCUGACCUUGAAGGAUGGGGGUAUACGAAUAGUGAUGUUCGUGGUUACGUAGCAGCUUUAUCCAUUCUGCAGGAUUGCUAUCCAGAGAGGCUAGGCAAGCUAUUCAUAGUCCAUGUGCCUUACAUCUUCAUGACUGCAUGGAAGGUUGUCUACCCAUUUAUUGACAGUAAAACAAAGAAGAAGAUUGUAUUCGUUGAGGACAAAAAACUAGGAUCAACCUUGCAACGUGACAUUGAUGAGAGUCAACUUCCGGAGACAUACGGAGGCAAACUACCACUAGUUGCAAUUCAGGGUUGCUGAAUGCAGAUAUCCGAUGAUCUUUACCUAGUCUGUUUUCCAACUCCCCUCUGCUUAAUUAGCUUCACUUGUUGGAGGUGCAGAAAUCUCAUCUACCUGUUCCCCGGGAGCAAAACUUCAGUCCUAUGGCAUCGUCAGCAUAUAGAUAAAUUGGUUUGUGUCGGAACAUCUUUUACUGCACCAUUAUUCUUUUAGUAGGCACCGGUAUAAUUUUACAGAACCACGAAGGGAUGUCUGUUGUCAUUAUAGUAAUACGUAUACGAUUUGCUUAACCAGCAGCUGAUCUCGGCUUUUGAACUUCAAUAUGUACCCAUUUAUUUCAAUUAUAAUAACACUCAAUAGCAACUUUUGUGAUCGUUUUCUUCAAGGUGUUAUCCCAUCUGGUCCUGUUGUAUUGUCACUUGUGACGCCAAGUCGGUGCUAAAUAAAUGCCUUUACUGCA